AUGGGUUGUGUUUGUGGAAAACCCUCUUCAGCUAUCAAAGAUAGCGAGGAGUGCCCAAAGCAGAGAGAAUUGAUUAGAAAGGCAUCGAAAUUGGCUCAAAAUAUUUCGUCGAGAAGACAGGAGAGUUUUAGGGUGCAGGAGAAAUUGGAGAAUGGUGUCCUCAGAAUUAGGUCGGUUGAUAAGAAGGGGGAGAGUUUUAGGGUGCAGGAGAAGUUAGAGAAUGGUGGUGUAAGAAUCGGGUCGAUUGACAAGAAAGGGAACAGAUCAAGGAGGGUGAGUGAUGAUCACUACGAGAACAAAAUAGAGAAUUGUGAAGUUGUGAAUAAUUUUCCCUGUAUGGGAAGUGUUCCCAAAGCUUUAGAAGGAGAACAGGUUGCAGCAGGAUGGCCAUCUUGGCUCGUCAUGGUGGCUGGUGAAGCGAUCAGGGGAUGGAUUCCACGUAAAGCUGACACCUUUGAGAAACUGGAUAAGAUUGGUCAAGGAACUUACAGUAGCGUGUACAAAGGUCGUGAUCUCCUGAAUAAUAAAGUUGUUGCUCUGAAAAAAGUGCGCUUCAAUAAUAUGGAUCCUGAAAGUGUAAAGUUUAUGGCAAGGGAAAUCCUCCUCCUUCGACAACUUGACCAUCCAAAUAUAAUUAAACUAGAGGGCUUGGUCACGUCUAGAACAUCGUCUAGUUUGUAUCUUGUUUUUGAAUAUAUGGAACAUGAUCUCACUGGGCUUGCAUCACUUCCUGGAGUAAAGUUUACUGAAGCUCAGGUGAAGUGUUACAUGCAACAGCUGCUUACUGGGCUUGAUUAUUGCCAUAGUAAUGGUGUCCUGCAUCGAGAUAUCAAGGGUUCAAAUCUUUUAAUCGACAAUCACGGCAUCUUGAAGAUCGCAGAUUUUGGCUUAGCAAGUUAUUUUGAUAAUCAUCAAAUUGUUCCAUUAACUAGCCAUGUUGUGACCUUGUGGUAUCGGCCACCAGAACUUUUAUUUGGAGCAACUCACUAUGGUGUUGCAGUGGACUUAUGGAGUACUGGUUGCAUACUUGGGGAAUUAUAUGCAGGGAAGCCGAUCAUGCCUGGUAGAACAGAGGUUGAGCAAUUGCACAAGAUUUUCAAACUUUGUGGUUCACCAUCCGAGGAUUAUUGGAGAAAAUCAAAAUUACCUCAUUCGAGUGGAUUUAAACCUAUUCAACCUUGCAGACGGCGAAUUGCUGAACUCUUUAAGGAUAUUUCUGGUCCCGCAAUAGGCCUAAUAGAGACCUUACUUUCUAUUGACCCUGCAAUUCGAGGAUCUGCCGCUGCUGCUCUCAAGAGCGAGUUCUUUACGACAAAACCAUUUGCUUGUGAUCCAUCAAGUUUGCCAAAAUACCCUCCCAGCAAAGAGAUUGAUGCAAAAUUACGAGAAGAGGAAGCUAGAAGGCAGGGAAUCCCUGGAGUUAGGGGCCAUAGGGGUGACAAUGAUGCAGGAAGAUCAAAAGAAAUGCGGGCAGCUCCAGCACCUGAUGCCAGCUCGGCGCGUGCUAGGUCAAUGCAGAGAAGAGAUGGCCAUUCCAAUCCAAAGAGUCGAAGUGAGGCAUUUAACCCUCAUAUGGAAGAAGCGGCUUCCGGUUUUCCAAUUGGUCCACCUAGACAUACACAAUAUUCUAAAGCAAGUAGCAAAAAUAUGUCGGAGGAUCCUCUGCAGAAAGUUUCUCAUUCAAGGCCUCUUGCUCCAGAAAUGGGGUGGACAUUUUCCAGGAAGAAACAUGAUGAUAUUUCCAUUGUUUCAGCCCGAGCUGAUUUAUCUUCACUAUCUGGUUUAGUGGCAUCUAGGGCUUUGUCAUCUGUAGAAUGCAGUGAUAAAUCAGAAUCGUUUGGAGAUCCCACAGGACGGCAGGAUAGGAGACGUCACGAUCCUUUUUCUAGUUCUCGUCAAAUGGAAAAUGGAAGAUCUAGUACCAAAGAACCUGUUAAUGAUGAACAUGGUUCCAGAGGGAACAAGAUGCAUUUCUCUGGUCCUAUACUUGUCCAGUCAAAUAAUAUGGAUCAGAUGCUUAGAGAACAUGAUCGUCGGAUACAAGAAGCUGCUCGACGUCUGAGGCAGAAUAAGACUAGAGCAAGUAAAGUCUGGCUGCACAAGACGCAAUUGACAUCCAAUCCAGCACAUGUCUCGAAUCAUAAAAUAGAAUAG